AUGCGUGGCAAAGAGCUAACAUAUGAACAACGUGAGCAAAUAAUUGGUGACUAUCUUGCGGGUUUGAAUGGAUUAAGAAUUUCUACGGUGCUAGCAAUUUCUCGCUCAACAGUAUAUGUUACGAUAGAUCUGUAUAAAAAACUGGUUCUCCACAUCCAAAAAAGCGUUCUGGUCGUCCAAAAUAAUUAUCUUCAUAAUCUUGGCCUAUUAACCUAUAAACAACGCAUUGGUCGAUAUAAUUGGUGUAAAGCAAAACUUACCUGGAAAGAAGAAUGGAAACAAAUCGUGUGGUCCGACGAGUCUAGAUUUACUUUAUUUAAGUCGGAUGGACGAAUAAAAGUAUAUAAUAUAAAUUUUAUUAAACCUAUUGUCAAAUAUAAUGGAGGAUCCAUAAUGUUUUGGGGGUAUUUUAGUUGGUACGGGAUUGGGCCGUUAGUAGUCGUUGAUGAAACGAUGAAUUCGGACAUUUAUGUUAAAUUUCUUGCACAGCAUUUAGUACCAUGGAUUCGUGACAAUCCAAACUUGAUAUUUCAACAUCGUGUCAUAAAUCAGAUUGUACACUGGUGGCUAAAAUCGCAUGACAUUCCGGUUUUAGAUUGGGUCUCUCAAAGUUCGGAUUUAAAUCCAGUCGAGAACCUGUGGGACUAUGUUGAUUGUCAAGUUCGAAAAAGGAGACCUUUACCAAGUUCGCAUAAAGAAUUAAUUAAGGCUGUGCAAGAAGAGUGGGCAAAUAUAUCUAUAGAAACUUUAAGUAGUUUAAUCUUAAGCAUGCACGAACGAGUUAAAGCCGUCUAUAAAAAUAAAGGUCGACAUAUAAAUUCCGAUUUAUUGGAUUUAUUUUAA